AUGCAAUAUGCCGUCGAGUAUGCCGUCGAGGGCGAUGCGCCGUCCCUCGCGCAAAUCAACACCCUCAGCUUCGAGGGCCGCGGCCUCUUGGCGCAGGUCUUCCCCGAGGCCAGCCAGGCCACACUGGAGGCGUACAAGUCGAUCUAUACCAUGAAGCAUCUGGCCGACCCCCAGAUGCAUGUGCUGAAGGUGACUGAUCCGGCCAGCGGGCAGAUUGUGGGCUAUGGCCGGUGGUUCAUCCCCGAGUCGCUUGGCUUCCGACCAAGCGCGCCCGUCUUGAGCGAACAGGCGCAAGAGGCCGCGCGCGAUCCCGUCCAGUUUGCGCCGCGCCCGAUGAACGAGGGCCUCUACGCGGCAUUCCGGGAGAUCUUGCAGGAAUCCCGCAAGAAGCACGUCGUGGAGACAGACAUGAUGCUGGACUUACUGGCCACGCUGCCCGCCCACCAGGGGCGCGGCAUCGGCUCGGCCCUCCUGCGAUGGGGGACGGCCAAGGCCGAUGAAUGGCAAGUGCGCAUCUACUUAGAGGCCACGACUGAAGGAUAUCCGGUGUAUGUCAAGCACGGCUGGAAGCCCGUCGAGGAGGUGCACCUCGAUCGGACGAAGUACGGCGCAGAAGGCCAAGAGUCCUUUCUGUUAAUGAUCCGCGAUCCGACGCCUCGGCCGCGCUAG